AAUUCUUUGAUAGUCAGAUAAGGUGAAGCAGAGACUUGUGAGGACGUUGUAUCACGACGACACCCACAAUCCGUAAGGCCUGCUUCUUCAUAUUGGAAGGCCAAGCAAAAGAGACAGCAGUGAGAAGUGCACUCAAACGAACAGGAGUGGAGUGACUACAUUGUGUUAAACUGAUUGAAUCAUUCUACAUUCUCUUUAGUAUACUUACUCCACUUUCACACUGCUCAAUAUUUGUCUUUUCCCUCUGUCUGCAUCCCUCAGUCCUGUCAAAACCUCUAAGAUACACAAGGAACAAGGGAGGCAGAAGAAUUAAGGGCACAGGGCCUCAUAAUCACAAGAAAUUUUUUGUUUCAAGAGUCUGAACUGAAAUCCUGCUAAAUCAGCAUAAUACGGAUUUGACACAAACAGAACAGUAGGCUAAUUCUUGUAAUAAUUUUGUACCAGAAGCUCAUAAACUAGCUUAGAAAAAUAUCUCUGAACAGAAUGUUUCCUGAAUCCUUUCUAACAAUGUCCUCUUUAAAAGAAUUCAUUACCUGCAAUUGUAAUUUGUUUUCAGAGGUAGUGGUUUGCUAGUGCAUGCCAGAAGGGAAAUAAUCCAAGUCCUCUAACUCUCCUAAGCUUCUUUAAACUUGACAAGACAAUUCAGAAAGGAAGCCAAAGAGGAGAGGAAUGCUAGCAAGAGAAAGCUGUGCCAAAGGCGAACUUUUCCAGUUGGAAGGGCUAGAAGGACCGGCUUUAGAUUUUUAGCAGCCACUGAUUUAAAAAAAAAAAAAAAUGGGGGGAAGAAAUUAAGGAAUUGGGGAAUUCUGAGAAUGACGUUCUCUCCCCUUUACCACCAUAUAGAAGCUAAGAACAGAGAGUAAUUCCUUAGCCAGAUUUACUGCACUCAGAACACUUUGGAGAACGCGUUAGUCCCCUUCUCCAUACUAGAAGACUGACCAAAGCACUCUGAAGCCCAGAGUGCUGUAUUCAGAAUGGUCUUAACGUUGUUCCUCUUCGUCUGCCUGAAAACAUAGGUAGUCAUAUUCAAACAUAUAAUAAGGGUACUUUAAAGUUAAUCUACAAAAAACUCAUGAAAACAUUUUCAAAGUUAGAGGGACUACAUGCCUGUUCCAGAAUAGCAUUCCCAAACAGUUACAAUAGGAUUCCCAAAGAGUUAAAAUGCGCUCUGUGCACCUCCAGUCAUCUUAAUGGAAUUUAAAUGCCUUUGGGAGGCAUUUUAAAGGCUCCCAGCACUGGAGAAGGUGCACUAAAAGGGGUUUCUCAGGAAGGCCUUACAGAUUAGCUUUAAAUCUUAGCAGCAACUCCGACUGAAGAUACAUCAACAGAUUGGUGGAAGAUUUUACUAUUAGAAACAGGUAGCUGAGGAGCCAAUGAAUUGAUGUGGGGGAAGAUGAUCACAUUAUAAAUCAGACAAUGGGAAAAAAGAUCUCUGGAGAGAUUCAGUGGGCCAUGACAAGGGAUAGAGGGAAUUUGUGUUCUGCAUUCAGUGAAAACCCCCAAUUUUUUGGAUGCUUGUCUGAACAAGGAUGAGGUUUGGAUUUUUAAAACUUAUUUGGAUAUUUCUAGAACUUCAUCCAUAGUUAGCAGAAAGCCAAUUUGCUCCUUCUUGCUGAAUCACAGCCACUACCCCUGUAACUUGGUAUCAGUUAUCUUUUUAAGGAAAGAAGUUUUGGAGAACUUUGGCACAAACGGUACCUGGGGUAAACACACGGGGUUUCCAAAGUCUCUUUACAGCACUUGUACUCUUCCUCCUAUCUCUCAUUAAAUAAUUGGCUGCUAGUGUGAACAUCUUGAAAUCAUGGGAAAAAAAUCAUGUAAACUGGGAGCUCCCAAGUGAUUUGACAGAAGGUAAUUUAGUACUUUGAUAUCCAUCUUUGACGGGUGAAAUCUGCAUGUUCCCUGAUCUCCUAUGAUAAUAAUUUGAGGGGGAAAAUCUGGAUAUUCCCUGAUCUCCUGUGAUGAUAACAUCAAUGGGAUGUUUUAAGCCACCACAAAGAGAAUUAAAAAUGAAUAAAGAAUAAACUUUUGGGAACUUUCACUUGUCAUAAUUCAAGUACGUCUUUAUGGGACAUUCAGAAAUUAAAGCCUAUUAAUUUUAGGAUGGUCUGGUUGAACUCACUAAAUUCCAGCUUAGAUACUCUUUCUCAGAAACACAAGUAGCCUUAAUUUUGAUUUAGUUUAUGACUAUUUUUCUUUUCCCCCAAAAUCAUUACAGUUAUUGAUCCCCUGCUGGUCUAGAUGGAGUGAGAAGAUGGAAGGGGCUCAGUUAAGUAUGCUGCACCCCAUAGUGAUUCAAGAGAUUAAAGAUUUCUAUCUUAGUCAAACAAUUUGAGUGAGUAUUGUAAAGACGCUUACUGCGAUCACAAGUUUCGGGCCUGCUAACAUAAGCAGAAGGUUACCUGUUAGAACUUUCUUUAGAACUUUCUUACGCAGGUUUUUUAACCCUUAAGACAUUUUUCACCCUUAACAUAUUUAAACCAGAUAAGUCACUCUGUUGCACUUGCUGUUCCCCUGAAGGUGACAAGUAGACCUAUUCUCUUAAGAAUCUAGUCUGGUCACUCAUAUCACCUUAUGACUCAGUUUGUUCACUUUGAUUCCAUACAGCUGAAAAUUUCUUUAGCCUAUUGAUUAAUUCACAUUAAAGUUUCUCCCUCUUUCCUCUAAAUAGGGAUAUAUUUUGCGUGAGCAGGGUUUCUCUAAGCAGAUAUAGUCCAUCUGCUUCUUUUAUGGGUAUAAGAAAAGCUAGAAAGGAUUAUUUUUCAGUCAAGAACCCAUGUUCUGAAGGAAUACCAGUACAGGUUUGUCAGCCUAAUGCACCAUCUCAUGCCUCAUAAAAAGGACUACUUCUCUUCUAUGUCCAUAGCUGCAAGCUUUUAUAAGGUAUUUUAAAGGGAAUAUUUAGUAGUUGAGUGGAGAUAAAGUAAUAUUUCAGGACGUUUAGGACAUCAGUGUGGUUUACACUGAUUACGUCAGGAUGAGCUGAAAAAAAGAUCAGCACUAGGAGGCAGCAGAAAGCCUUAGAACCCUUCUUCAGACCUAUUCCAAGAGCAGAAGUGACCGUUACCGCUCCUGAACGCAAAGGCUGGAGUUCAACAUCGCUAAUCUUCCACGGCAUAAUAAAUAGAGGUAGUAUUCUUUAUUACCCUAACUAGUACACUUGGAAAUAAUCUCACUUAGCUUUUCAGGCCUAUAAAACGGAAAACAGUUACACCACAUACAAAAUAAAGCUCAUUUAGAACUUCUAUUAAUUAUGAGAUAGACAAAAUAAUGACAUAUCCUGGGCAUGAACCUUACAAGUACUAACGUUGAUCCACUAAAGGAAGCUGUAAUAGCCGGCGUUCCCAGAUGUUUGUAUUUUUUUAGCAUCUGGCAGCUUUACCUGUAGGAGGAGGGUGGAGCAAAUUUGGUAUGCAAAUUCGUUCUCUAUGGAGUCAUUCUGGAGGAUAUUAAGUAUUGACAGAAUCAUGUCAAACAUCUUCACACCAAAGAAAAAUGGAUUUUUUUAAUGCUCUGACAUUAAUAGCAGGAAUUCUAGUUGCUUUUAUAUUACUGGUUGUAGUAGCAACUUAUUCUGAUCACUUCAAGGCAGAAAUUCCUCCUAAAGUUGACCAGCCUUUAGGGCCCUACUUAUAUCAUUGCUUAUAUACUCUGAUGGAAAUUCUGGUAACUGUGAGAAAUUGGCUGCUGAGCCAUUUCAAGAAUACCUGUAGGAUCUUGAUGCUGGCAAAGGUUUCACUGAUGGAGAAGGAGGCAAAGAACUUAGAAAAUUUGGGUAUCUUUGAGGAGCAUAUACUUAUACGGUUCAUUUCGGAUGGACUGCCAGCAUGCAGGGAUUCAAAGCUCUUCAUAAAGGAUCUACAUUUUGGUGAGGUGCCAGUGAGGAUUUACCUCCCAAGAUUGCCAUCUGCAAGCAAACGGAGAGGAGUCAUCUUCUUCCAUGGAGGUAUGUGGGAUAUUUGGAAGCAUCAAUCAACAAUCUCCCUAAAACUAUGGGCUUUACUGUGUGUCCUUAUGAUCAAAAAUCUGGAUGAAGCUAUGAAAGAAUAUGCCGGUACACAGCCAGAAAAUCUGAUUCAGUGGUUGUGUCUGCUGGCUCAAGUCUACGAAGAAACCAAAGAACUGUUUGAGACAACACUUUCCCCGCUGUUAGCAGAAGAGUCUGUUGUUUGCCGCCUACCCGAUACCUGUAUAGUUACCUGUGCGCAUGAUGUGCUCAGGGACGAUGGACUGUUGUACAAGAAACGGUUAGAGGACAACAAUUCCUGCACCUUUAUCUUCAGAAAUACUUCAAAAGUCAGAGGUACAAGGUGGUCACAGCUGGUUCUUCCAUUUCACUUUGAACAGUCCAGUGAGAUGGAACUUCUCUUAGCAAUUUUUCUUGUUGUUUUGACUGUCAUUGUGGCAACAGCAUUCUACUAUGAACAUCCCAAGGCAGAAAUCCCUCGUGAAUUUACUCAGCGCAAAAAGCUUUACCUUCUCCACUACCUCCUGAAUUUUGGUUUUGGUCUGGCAAAAUUUUUAGAAAAAGUAGGUCUCACCACAGAGGUCCAUGUCCUCAGGGUUACAAUGGAUGGACUACCACCAUUAAAAGAUAAUCGUCUUCUCAUCAAGGACCUGAGGUUUGAAAAGGUUCAAGUAAGAAUUUACCAGCCAAAAAUACCAACCACUGGCCAAAGAAGAGGAGUUCUUUAUUUUCAUGGAGGAGUUGGACUGUUUGGAAGCAUUUGGGCCUAUGAAAGAACAUGCCGCUAUUUCGCUAGAAAAAGCAAUUCAGUGGUUGUAUCUGUUGGGUAUCGCUUAGCUCCUGAGUACCCAUAUCCAGCUCAGUUUGAGGACUGUCUCGCUGCCACAACACACUUUUUGAGGACUGCAGAAGACUAUGGAGUAGACCCUACUCGUGUUGUCAUCUGCGGAGACAGCAGUGGAGGUACACUCACUGCUGCUGUUGCCCAAGCAAUGGUGAACAGAAAAGACCUCCCAAAGCUGAGAGCACAAAUCCUAAUAUAUCCUUUUCUCCAAGGCGUAGACUUUAAUUUGCCUUCUUAUCAGCAGAACAAAGGAGUGCCCGUUUUGUUAAAGGAACGAACCCUCAUUCUUGGUUUGAAAUAUCUCAAUAAAGACUUGUCAGUCAUGAAUGAGAUCUUUAAAGGUGUUCAUGUUCCAGAGGAUUUGCAAUUGAAAUAUCAGAAAUGGCUGAGUCCUGACAACAUCCCUGAAGAGUUUAAAACAAGAGGCUACAAACCAAGAAAAAUAUAUCCAUCCUCAGAAGAACUCUAUGCAAAAGCAAAGCCUAUUUUUGACCCAGUUUUUUCACCUCUACUAGCUGAAGAUACUGUUAUUCCUCAGCUUCCUGAGGCUUUCAUUUUGACAUGUGAAUUUGAUGUGCUUAGAGACGAUGGACUGCUGUACAAGAAACGAUUAGAGGAUCAUGGUGUAAAAGUAACCUGGUGUCAUCUGGAAGACGGAUUCCAUGGCACAGUAUUCUUAGCUCAUUAUGGUAGCAUGUUAUCAUUUCAGUCUGGAAAUAAAGGCCUGCAAAAUGUGGUAAAUUUUCUAAAAUCAACAUAAAACUCCAUUUCUUGCUUUCCUUUCCCAAGUCCUCUCUUUUAUUGGCUGUAAAAAUUUUGAAAACACCUCAAUUUUCCUUUUUCUUAAAUAACCUUUGAAAUUUCUCCCUUGGACCUUGUCCUCUUUUUACCUAAGAACCUGAUUUGGUAAUGGCUUUUGUUUCACUUUUACUUACGAUAGGCACAAUCAGCUGCACCCAUAAAUUGUCCUCCAAGACAAGUUUUUCGCAGUGCAGUUUGGCUUAAUAAAGUUCUGAUACUAUUAAUGCACAAACUGUGAUUUGAGGACAACUCGGGGCUUACUUAAAAUAACAGGGCAUGAAUCUACAGGUUAGGCAUAUACUGAGCAUGGUCAAUGAUUUAUAAAGGCCUAAAUCUGAUGGAAGCUGAAUGUGAGGCAAGCUUGAAUCAGUGCAAGGAGAACCACAUACAGAUAGAAAGACUUGAGUGCACACAUUUAAAAAAAAAAGGCAGUGGAAGAAAAGGAAAGGAUGUCGGGAAAAGAAUUAGACCUGGAACUACAGAUGUAAAACUAAACUGAUUGAGGAAUACAGCAUCUGUAUCAAUACUUUAAUACAUUAGCAUCAGUCACUAUACAAUUAUAAGUGCUCUUUCCUUCUCCCACCAAAUGUCAGAGCAGAACUGUCACUUGCAUGUGGCUGGAGGAAGGGCCAGGCUAGGAAAGGAGGUCCCAGCAAACAGGAGAUGCAGAAGCAGCUCAGUGAUUCUAGUACUAUUUUGUGCUACAGGGGUAAAAGGUGGAGUCUCCAGCGACAGGUCCUGGACCUCUAGUGACAUCGGACUGUCUUGAGAACAAGCAGCCUGAUCCUCACUCACAGCUCUCUGAGGCCCCACUGAUCCCUUGUUCAAAAGACUGAAAUAGUAUUGUGGUACUUGCUGAUAUUCCGAUAAUUUUAGAUGUAACAGCAUUUCGCAAGAUUCAAAUGAUAUAGCCUGUCACCGCUAAGACGUGUAAAGUUUGUAGGGACAAAUACGAAUAAAUCUCAGUUUCAUAUUUUUAUAUAUUUAGAAAAUAAAUUCCUAGCUGGGUACUCCCUGGAUACCUAGACAGGUAAAUUAAAUGGUAUUUUGAGAUUUUCAGAUGCCAGUAUUUUCAGCAUUUCUGUUAAAUAUAGUUGCUGUGGAAGCAGAAGAGUGUCUGCUUUCUUGUGAUCUAGGACCUGAGGCUGUUCAACAGUACUGACUCUGGUGAGCAGCUGCUCUACCUCUUCUUAAAGAAACUCCCUUUUUUGGGGCUUAUUUUCAAGAAGCCCGAGGAACCCAUUAUCUUUUGAGACCCACUACUUGGACAAAGGAGGUUGAAUUUCAUCAAUACAUUCAAAAGCUAUUAGAGGGUAAAUGACAGAUAAAACCACAUAGGGAUGCAGCACAUCACAUUACAAACCUACUGCUUUCAAAGAGAAAGAGUAGCUGAUUGAUAAGCAAAAUAAGCUACAUUAAAUAUUUAGUGAUUAACAUUUUCUAAUACAAUCCGUGUGAGGGAUUACAGGUCUUUACUUUCAGAGCUUUCAACAACUCUCUGAAAAAGUCAGAUUGAUAUUUUGCUCAAAUUGUAACCCUAGAAUUUCCACCUCUCAGUAAAAAUCAGUUAGAGUAAUAAUAAAGAGAUGAAAAUAAGAAGAGCAUGAGUUUAUUGCCCAUGAUUAGAAACUAUGGGAAUUUAAAAAAAAAAAAAAACCCUAGCACUCAGGACCAAAAAGGUUUCCAGUCACUGAGUAUACUUAUUUGGAAUCUGAACAGUUUUUCCUGACUACAUUUGAUCUAUUUUGGGAUACAUAGAUUUAUAUUACUUGAUGUUUAAACAAUAAAAAUAAUCACAUAAAAUAUUUUACAUCUGCCUUUUAUAUGCAUUUUGAUAAAACCAGUUUAUACAUAUCAUUUGUUAUGACAGAGUAUCAUUGGCAUUUAACUUAAAUCUGUGUCAUUGGCAUUUAACUUAGAUCUGUGUUAAGGGUUUGUAUUUGAUAACUGUAGUUUC